AAGUAGCUUUUGAUGAGAAAAACCUAUUUCCUAAAGAAAUACUGGAUCGUGAGCACAAAGUGAAGCUUUUGGAUAAACAGAAUUUAAGUGGAAGUAAAGCUGCAGUAAAAAAAAAUACUUCAAAUGUGAAGUCUAGAUCACCUCAGAGAACCAUUGCAGGAAUGAAGCUGAGAACAGAGCUUGAUAGUUCUAUCCAGAAAUAAGCAGUUUGAUUUAAAAGGAAGAAGAAUUUAUGGAAAACAAUUUCUUAAAAUUCAACAGUGUAGAGUGAAACAAAAGUUGCCAACUAAUGACUUGAGUGAAUUGAAAUGCGCUUCAGCAAAGCCAUAAUAGCUUAAAUUAUGCAAAAACAGCCUGUUAUUUUCUGUUUUAUUAUUGUGCAGCAUGAGCAAAUUAUUCUGAUUUUGUGACUCAAACAUUGCUCACUUUAAUCUAAUAAUGGGCGUGAAAGGAAAAAUGAUUUAUUUUUAUAAAUUUUGUGCUAUUCACACUUGCGCAACAUAUUUACUUGAAUAUAUUACAGGCAAAGGUCAAUCAGUAGUAAACAGAUACAUGAUUUUCCUUCUUGUUGAUUCCUGUUGCCAUGGAAACAUUUUUUUGCAUUUCAAGAUUUCCAGUUACUAUUCCUUUCCAUAUGUUAAAUGGCUUUGAGCUCCAUCAUCGGUUGUUGCAAGCAAAGGUCUCUUGAUAGGAUUUCUGUGAGGGUUCAAAUGAAGCAAUAGAAUUUAGAUAAUGACGAUAACUUCAUAAAGGUUAGAAGAAACACGGUAUUAUUAUCCACUAAACAAGAUGGUAUUAUUAAAGCAGCACAAAAGUAUGUUUCUAAUAAUGCCACAACAGCUUGAUAGAUUUAGAUCAUCAUAAUCAUCGACCAACAUACUUCUGAAAACAGUUAAAGUACUAAUUUGACUAUAUGAUGAACAACAUUAUCGGUUUUUAUUAUGUGUAGGUGUGGUAGCAAAGUGUAUUAACAUUCUACACCCAAUUACUUUGGUACAUUCAAGUUUAUUAAAUAACUGUCCUGAUUUCAUCACAGUUACUGUUUGCAGCUUAUCUGCUUUCAACAAAUGGGAUUCAGGUUUUUCAUUAUACAUGCCCUUGAAAUCAUACAAACAUGUUACUUGGUUUAAUAUUUUACCAACAUUACCAUCAACUUUACUGCCAAUUACACACUUGGUUGAUUAUAGUGCCUUUAGUGUUGUGGAAUGUUUUCUGGACACUUUGGACAGAAUAAUUUUACAGAAUUCGAUAAUUAUGCAUUUUGACUCACCAAUGAGAAUGCUGUUUUGUAUUUUACUGUUGCUCUGCGAAAAGCUGCUGAUUUGCAGCUUGGAUACUCUUUCUAGUGAUAUGCUUACAGGAUUUGCCGUUGACCUCUACCACGCCAUUCGGUCAAUGCAGAAGAGUCAGAAUCUUAUUUGUUCACCAAUGUCUGUCAGCCUAGGCCUCGGGAUGAUAGAGCUGGGUGCAAGAGGGACCACUUUGCAACAGUUAAGAAAAGCUCUGCAAUUUGAUAAAAUGCAGGAAGGGAUGGAGUUUUCUUUAAUGAAAGAGCAAUCCAAAAUCCUCUCCAGUAGUAGCAGGCAAUACUCGCUAAAACUUGCCAAUGCAAUUUACAUACAGGAUGAAUUCCGAUUGACUGAACAAUAUCUCCACAGCUGCCAAGAAUUCUUUCAUAGUGCUGUAAGAAAAGUGAACUUUCAAGAUUCUGUAUCUACUGCCAAUAUUAUCAAUAAAUGGAUAGCUAAUCAGACCAGUGGUAAAAUCAAAAACUUGGUGACAAAUCAAUCUUUCAACUCUUUGACAAAGAUGGUUUUUGUGAAUGCCAUUUAUUUCAAGGGGACAUGGAAACAUAAAUUCAAUUCAGCAAAUACCAGACUGGUGAAAUUUUUCAAGGAAGAUGGCUCUGUUUUUGAUGUACCAAUGAUGUACCAACAAGUAAUGAGCAGAUUUGGUUAUUUUACAGCUGGAAAAAUCAGUUAUCAGGUUGUAGAAGUACCUUAUAUUGGAGACGAAGCCAGCAUAUUCCUUGCACUACCAGCAGAAAGAACUGAUUUAAUAGAGUUGGAGAAACUUAUUACACCACAAACUAUCCAUAACUGGCUUUCCACAAUGGCAGAAGAAGACAUUGAAAUUAAUCUUCCAAGAUUUACAAUCCAACAGACGGUAGAUUUGAAAGAAUCGUUUGGAGUCCUCAAUGUCACAGAAAUAUUUGGAAAUGAAUGUGACCUUUCUGGAAUCACAGAUUCGCCUGACUUGUACAUUUCUCAAGCAGUCCAUCAAGCAGUUAUUGAAGUAAAUGAAGAAGGGAGUGAAGGAGCAGCUUCAACAGGCAUGACAGCAACAAUCAUGAGUUUUCCUCGACAUCAAUUUAUAGCAAAUCGUCCAUUUGUUUUUGUUAUACAUAGCAACCUGACAGGUGCAAUAUUAUUCAUGGGAAGAGUAAUGGAUCCUGAGGCGGUGAAUUCCUAUGGGAGAGAUAAGGAUGCUCUGUAAAAUAAA